UCAACAUGUUUGGAGCUACCAAAACAAGUUGCUCUCUGUGGCUGCUGCUAAUCUGCCUGACUGCACAACCAACUUUAUCACGACACAGAAGAAAGUUACACCUAAGAGCAGAACCAGAUUCCAGCAUUGGGGAUGUGGUAGCUCCUCGGAACUUAUCGCCAUUUCAAGUGUCCAUACAAAACGUCCACCAGAAACACAAGUGCAGUGGCGCGAUACUCUCCAAAGACUGGAUUGUCACGACGGCACACUGCAUGAAGCGGGCUAAUGUGUCCACCUAUCGCAUAGUCACCGGCACACAGACAUUGGGUGCCACAGAUGCGAGAAUCGGUGUCUACAAAAUCGAAUAUGUGAUUCCGCAUCCGCACUUUGACAAGCCAAAGAAAUCGAAUGACAUUGCGCUGAUACGCACGCACAGGAGCAUCGAGUUCAACAGUUUGGUGAAGGAAAUUAAGUGCUUGGGCUCGCCACUGCCCAGGGAUAGCCUCGUGAUGCACACGGGCUGGUCCUGGCGCAAAGGUGUGGCCGAGAAGGAAAUGCGUGGCGUCUAUCACAGGGUCAUUCCCUAUGCCCUGUGUUUGAGUUACUUUGAGAGCAGGGUGCGCAAUCCCAUUGGACCCGGUCACAUGUGCUUGAAUCUGCCGAGGGACAAAGACUAUUGCCUCAGGGAAACUGGCGGUCUGCUGGUGCACAAAACAAAGCUCGCGGGUCUCAGCAGCUUUGGGGCCCCAUGCGCCUCUGGAGAACCUUUCAUAGCCACCCGAAUCUCGUUUUACUAUGAUUUUAUAAGAACCAUCAUGAGGGGCUGUGUGCGUUGCACACAGGAGUUUGGUUUUCAGGCGAGAUUCUUUGAUUUGUAGUGGCAAGAUUUUACAGGCAAUAAAUCUUGGGCAUU